CUGCGCGCAGGGGAACUGCGACGGCCGCGCCAAGCAUCUUCCCAGUGAUGGCCUCUGCUGAGCAGCCGUGCUCCAGCCUCCACCAGCAGCACUGCGCAUAAGGCAACACGCCCACCUUUGCCCUCCUGCCCAGAAGUGAGAGAGAGACACCACCAUGUAUAGCGUGGAGGACCUCCUCAUUUCACACGGAUAUAAAUUGCCCAAGAGCGGCCCUCCGUCUGCCACGCCUUACGAGAAGCGCCCCGCCGAUUGCCAGCGCGAGCUUGUGGACAACAGGGCUGGCCGGGGCACGCUGAACGGGUACGAGGUGGACCGGGGGGCGUCCAUCACAGGCAUCUACAGCAGCAGGCAGGCGCUGGUUAAGAGCUACCCCGUCACAGACAACGAGCUCGGGGAAAGGAACCAAAGGAGAAAAGAAGCUGGCAUCGGUAUCCUAGGUGACGCUCAGCCCUUGGGUGAUUCUCUCGCUACAGAUAGUGGGUUCUACGAUGUUCCUAGUUUGACUUACUCAGAGCCACUGAGCCAUGAAGAGAGGGACGUUUCCUACUGGCGGAGGCGAGGCCAGGACUUCAGCAUUCUUCUGGACUAUGCUGAUGGCCGAGAAUUGAGGGCCUCUGCUGGAGCAUGGAGACCCCAAGCCUUGAUCACAGCAGAGGAAUACAGGGCAGAGAGGCAAGCGCAGCAGCUAUGGGAGGACAUUUCCUGGUUGAGAGAUCCAGACGCUGGCCCCGGCCAGCUAAGGGUGACCGGGGAGAGGAAGUGCCAAAGUCUUGGUACAGAGGAGUGGAGGCCUGCUGUGGGCCUGGGGCGGCAGCUGUCGGAUGGGGAUGGGGAAAGGUGGGCUCAGGAGCAGUACCGCCUAAGGACACCUGAGGGUUUUUUCCAUCCUCGAACUAAAGCAAAGUCUCAGUCUCUCCCCAGAGUUUUGUCACCUGAUAGAAAUGAUAGUCGAGAGCUCAUUCCAUCAAGACCCAGCCUGCCAGACAGACAGAGGCUGAACAGCACUGUAUUCUCUGGGCCCUACAGUAGAUACAUAUAUAGUGGUGGUCGGGACAGGUGGGGUAGAAAUAUCGGGCCAAGCAGCCAUGUUGCACUUUUACCAAAGCCCAGGUUCAGUAGGCCUUUAAAGCCUCCGUCAUAUGAGAUUCACCAGCAGACUAGGGGUAGCGCAGAAAUGCUUGCGAUAGACCAGGGUGCCAAACAAAAAGACAGGUCAAUUUACUACCCAAGAGUCGGGGACCUGAGACAUGACUAUUUCGCACAACAGUCUGCCCUCACUGGAAUGGAGCCCCCAGGCUACAUCCCACCCCCAUCUUAUAGGAGAGCCCUACCCCCAAGAGCAGUUUCCAUGAACCGCAAUGAAAUGGCAAACUUAAGAUGGCGGGCAGAAGCUUUGCAGAUGCCCAUGUCAGAUCCUGGAAGGUGGUUUUCCAGACAGACAAGUGGCUCAUGGCUAGAACAGUAUGGUGAACGUAGCAUGUCCUAUCGAAAACAGGUACAGGUACACUCUGGACAUGAAGAACAACCAAGUCAUGCCCGUCAACUACCCACUGAAGACCCAAGAGUGAAGCAAAUCUCAGGAGGGCCUGGCGGAAAUUCUCUGACUGACUCAGACAAGAUACGUAACAUCAACAAAGAGAUUCCGUCUGCUAAGAUUUUAGGACAAUCUACAAAUGAUAGUGCCUUUCCUCCCCAGUCGGGGUCAGCUCUCAAUACUGAAACCCGAAAAACAGCUCCCAAUGACAACGAAAGCAGUACUCGAUGGUGCAACAGGGGUAUAAGAAAAAGUGAAAGUGUUGGUCCUGAACAAAGCCGUAGUCAAUUUUUUCCUUCGUCUAUUCUAGGUAAACCACCACCUCCACCAUGCAAGCCAGCUGAGCAGGGUGUCUCUGAAACAGUGACAGAAGUAAAAAAGGUAGAACAACCUGAACCACCUGAGAAAGACAAAACCAAGAAUCUCAAAAAGAGGCUUAGUGAAACAAUUUUUUGUUUGGUGUCUGUUCCUGUAACUCCACAGCUCACCGGGACAAUCCGUGAUCAAAAUAAUAACAAUGAGAAGUCACCAGACCCAGCGGACAGUCCGAGUGAUAACAAAACUGGCCAUUUAACAAACCAAAGUCUCCAAAGCACAUCUUCAGCUGAAGCUGAGCUGCAAGCACUAACUGGUAGCAUAGCAAGCAGCAAAACAAGCAGUAGAGCGAGUAGCAAAAUGUUUAAAAGGUUACCCUGUAGGCCCCCUAAGAUAAAUCAUUACAAAGAGCUGAAGUUGUCAGGAUCCUGGCCUGCAAACCAGUAUCGAGACCAGGAGACACAAACUAGCCCAGAGGCCCGAAAACCUGCCCCUGAAAACAAGGAAGCACAACAAGAGCCGGUUCCUCCUGACACUGAAGUUACUACUGAUAGCAGUUGUGCAGUGGGCACUACCUUCACUUUUCCUCUAAAGGGAGUGAAAAGCUUAAAACUGUCAAGCAACAGCGCCUUCUCCCUGACCUCCACCUUCUCCAACCAGCUGAACAAGAGCACAGCUCAGCAGCCAGCAGUAACACCCUCAGGAAAUGUGGAGGAGACCAAACCAGCAGCAAGCAGUGGAAAGGAAGCCUUUGAACAGUUCCUGCUGAAACCAAUCAGCCAGAGACCAUGGGAUGCCGUCAAAGAGCUGGAGACCAUCAAAAAAGAAGUACAGGAACAACAACAGCAGAGCAGCAAACAGCCCAGUGUUGAUAAGUGCAUAGAGGAUCUCAAUGAGGCCUAUAAAGACAUAUUGGAGCUAGGCACUGCCAGCAAUAAAGUCCCAAAUGGUUCUGUUCAAAUUCCCGAACGUAUCAAAAUCCGGCUGACAUCAGAACCUCUUAACAAGCCCAGCAGCCUUAGGCGCAGUGCAGUAAGCUGGUCUGUUGACCCAGAAUACAGGGAAGUGAAGAGCGCCUUCUCAAGGCCAGCCACCAAGUCAGUAACCUUCAGCAAGCAGCUUCGAGAGGAGCUGCCGGUUCCGCCUCGGGAGACAGGCUUCAGAGAAUACAGGGUUGUUGCUCAUCUUUCACGUAGAAGAAGCAACGAUGGCAGGACAGUAAAACUUGACCUGCCAGAUGAGCCUAUUGAGACACCACUUUGUGACUUCAGUCCAACAACGCACACCACAGCUGCUGAAGUGCCAUGGGCCGAUAGACAGCCCAUGCAGGAUGCCUCAACGCUCACUAGCCCUCCCGAUUAUGAGGACAUUUGCCAGACUUUGCGUCAGUCGAGAGACCCUGCCGAUGCCAACAAAGCUCCUGCAGGUCAUUCAAGAGCAAACAACACAGAAUCUCUUCAAGAUCUCAGUGCUGAGUCAGAGGAGGAGUGUCCGAUUUGUAAGAGAGAACUUGAGAAUCAGAUGAGACAGGGUCCGUUGCCUCCACUUCACGAGGAGAACAGCUCAGAUAGCUCAGUCAAUCAGAAUGGCAGCCCGCCCCAAUGUGCUGCAUUAGAAAGUCCAUCAGAGGAUUCAAAAACAGAGGAGCCAAGUAACUCCAUUUCGAAACAGUCAGGGUCUGACCUGUGUCCUGAAACAAAAGAGCAGGAUUCACUGACGCAGGAAAAUGCAGAAGAGUGUGAAAAAACAGACGACGUAAAGGCAGAAAACUUGGAUAGUCCAGACAUGGUUGAUCCUGCUGAGAAUAUACCAGCAACUGGAGCUGCAGAGGAGAUACCCUCUGCAUCUACAAUAUUGCCACCUGAUCCGCCAACAGAAGUCCAAGUCACAGAGCAACAGACUGUUAAUGAAACAGAAACUAAGGAUGUAGCGUUAGAAGACAGUGAAGCCAUUGCAGGAGACAAACCUGAGAGCGACACAGAAAAACACACGGCUGAAGUGAAAAGUGAGGAACAAAGCGAUACAACGUCUGACAACACGAAGGAGCAAGAGAAGAAGCCAUUAGCUGUCCCAGAGCAUAGAGUUGGUCUGCGGACUCAUCUGGGGCGAGACCACCCAGGGUUACCAGAGUUUCCACCAGACAGACUGCCACUUUCAGUUCCCCCAAAUUUAGACCGCAGACUAUCUCUCAGUUUGGAGGGCGAGCGGAAGAGCCGGGGCCCCUCCCACCGAAUCGAAGCCUUGCAAAACAAGUUGGCUAUUUCUCCAGGUAGGGUGGCUGUUGAGCGACUAGCCCGGAUGAGGGACGUGGACGUCAUGUAUCGAAUGAGACGCCUGAGCAUCAGGAGUAAUGACUCUGGGGAUGGGGAUGGGGAUGGGGAGACAGAGGGGGAAGGCAAGGAGGAACAAGCAGAGGAGCUCCAAACAGCUCCUCAGAAAGACAACGAGAACAAUCAAGAGGUCACCGAUACACAGCAGGUCCCUGAAGAGAAAGUGUUGCAAGAUGAGGAGGAGUCACCUCUCAGAGUCCCAUGAUCACAGCCGAGGGAAGACAGUGUAGAAAGACUGCGUCCGUCAUCUCCAUCUGAGGUUUUUAGCUCCAACACUGUGACCUGGCUGCCUACUAGAAUGCCUUCAUCUCAUCUUGACACUGAAAUGGCCUUCUUGUCCGACAAGAGCAUUGUGUAUACCCUCACCCUCGGCGCUGCGUUGACUUCUAAGAGUGCUGUUCCACUGCCAAAGGGAGGAGCCCCUUUAACUCGUUUGGGCAACUUCCACCCCGAGUCCCUCCCCAGCCUUCCCAAAAUGACUUCCCGGUCCCCCAUCUGUCCUACAUACCCAGUCCCAUCUCCCCCCUUAGAGGGUCUCUACUAGUUAGUCUUCUUGUAGCGGCUUGUCCUUUUUAUUCUAACCUCCCUAUGCUUUUUCUCAUUGGCAGACAUUAUGCAAUUCUGUCGUGCAUACUAGAACUUUGGAAAAUGUCCAUCGCGAAAACACUUUUUUCGCAUACCGUUUGUUUACGGGCGAGUUCCUAAGGAUAUGAAUGUAAGUGUUUAUGUUAAACAUAACGUAGACAUAGAAGGGUUACUGUCAUAAACCUGUUCUGUUGCAUUUAAUCUACACCAAAAUAAACUGCGUAUCUGAUUGUGGUGAGGCGACAGCUGUAUUAGAACUGGACUUCACUGUCUUUGGCUCAAGAACUGUUUUUGAUUUUCAGAUGAGAUAAAUCAGCCUUUCUUUUUUUAAA